GCUCUGUUAAACCCGUACGGUUUCGUGUACACAAACCCCAUCUAACCUUCAAAUAGCCCCGUCUAGAAAUACCUUACAUAUACAUGACGAGCAGAGAGCUUCUCUGUCAGACGCAUGCACACAGUGGGAGAAAGACAGAGGAUAUGGGGAGGAAGCCAUGCUGCUCCAAGGAGGGCCUGAACAGAGGGGCAUGGACAGCAAUGGAGGACGACAUCCUGGUGUCCUACAUCAACAAGCACGGCGAGGGGAAAUGGGGAAGCCUCCCCAAGCGAGCUGGGCUGAAUCGCUGCGGGAAGAGCUGCCGGCUGCGAUGGCUGAACUACCUCCGGCCGGGGAUCAAGAGAGGCAACAUCUCCGACGACGAAGAGGAUCUGAUCGUCAGGCUCCACAGGCUCCUCGGCAACAGGUGGUCGCUGAUCGCGGGGCGGCUGCCGGGGCGAACAGACAAUGAGAUCAAGAACUACUGGAACACCACCCUCAGCAAGAAGGUAAUGCUGCCGCCGCCGCCGCCGCCGCCGCAAGGGAACAACCACAGCGGCUGCUCCAACAGCCUGCAGGCCGUCGCUUCGUCGAAGCCGGCGUCGCCGCCCCCACCUGAGGGUGCAGCGCCACCGGACACGAGCAGCCCGAUCCGGACCAAGGCGCUGCGGUGCACCACGGUGAUGGCAGCAGCAGGUCACGACCUUCCACUGGAGAACGCGGCAACUGAAGAGACGACACCGGCUGAAGGGCAGCAAGAUUUCGCUGUAGACGACCUGUCGAUCGACCUCGAUUUGGACGGGAUCGAGCUGGGAUUCCUGUUCAGCCCGUGGCGCGGUGGUGCUGACGGCUUGGAGGCAGCGGGUGAUCAUGGUCUGUUCGGUGCUUGUGGAACUGAUCAGUCUGAUGACCUUGAGGAGCUGCUGGGACUCGGAGACGUCGAGAGCCAUGGUGGAGUGCCGUCGCUCGGAGACUUCGAAUUGCCGUGGCUUUGAUCCAUUCGUUUCCGAGCCUGGGAAAAUGAAUGUGUUCGUUUAGCUCGUCGAUGGCACCAGUUGCUUCAGUGUCAUCACAUCACGAAGGACGUGAAUAAUUCAUUCAAGAGCGUACGCGCUGUAAAUUACAACGAAGUGCCUGGUUUCAGCUCACAUCCUGUGCACAAACUACUAGGAGCUGU